AUGGCUGAAAACCAACAAUCUGGUCAACACUAUAUAAAGGAACAAAUUGGGAAAAAGCUGAAGAUUAGGAAGAUUUACAUAACAGUUCGUUUAUACGAUAUUGAGGAUGCUCGACAAUACGCUUUAGCAGCUAAAAAGCGAGUUUCCUGUUAUGGUGCGAGAAAACCCGGACAUACUUCAUUUGCUUGUCCACAAAGGAGGGUGAAUUUAGCUGAGUUUGAGGAAGAGUUAGAGUUAGAGCCAGUUUUUUAUGAAUAUGAUGAGGAGAUAGAGGAAAUUGAUGUUCAUGUGGCUCAAGGUGAGUCUUUGGUGGUACGAAAGGUGAUGACGACAACGAUAAAAGCUGAAGAGGAAGAUUGGAGGAGGCAUAACAUUUUUCGUACAUGUGUUGUUUGUGGAGGUAACGUUUGUGAUCUUGUCAUUGAUGGAGGAAGCAUCGAAAAUAUAAUAUCUAAGGAGGUUGUCGACAAAUUAAAUCUUCCUAUAAUAACACAUCCUCAUCCAUACAAAGUGGGUUGGUUAAAGAAAGGGCACAAGAUACUGAUAACUUCUCAAUGUUUGGUGAAAUUCAUCAUGGGGGGUAACUUGGAAGAUGAAGCUUUAUGUGACAUUGUACCAAUGGAUGUGGUGCAUAUUCUUGUUGGAAGACCUUGGUUGUUUGAUCAUGAAAUGGAUCAUAAGACAAAGCCUAAUACUUACUCAUUCUACAAGGAUAAUAAGAGGUACACUUUGCAUCCUCUCAAAGAAAAGGCAAAGCAAUUGGCAACUAAGAGUUCUACAACCAGCAAAACAACUAGGUAUUUGAGUGUCAAAAAGUUUAAUGCUGAGCAUGCUUUAUUAGCCCCGAAGAAAGACGGUUCAUGGAGAAUGUGUAUGGAUAGUCGUGCUAUAAACAAGAUUACAAUCAAGUAUCACUUCCCUAUUCCUCAAUUAGAAGAUAUGCUUGAUCAACUAGCUGAUUCCAAGGUGUUUUCCAAGAUUGAUUUGAAGAAUGGGUAUCACCAAAUUAGAAUGAGGUGCGGAGAUGAAUGGAAGACAGCCUUUAAGACACCAGAUGGGUUAUUUGAAUGGUUGGUGAUGCCAUUUGGCCUUUCUAAUGUGUCAAGCACAUUCAUGAGGGUUAUGACGGAGCUUCCUACAGUUAGAAGUAGUAGUUCUUGGGUUCAUUGUGUAGGCAAAAUGUUAAAAACCAGAUCCGAAAAAGAUUUUGAAAAGUUUUUUGUUGUUGAAUGUGAUGCUUCACAUGUGGGAAUUGGAGCAGUUCUUAGCCAAGAUGGAAAGCCUCUAGAGUUUUUCAGUAAGAAGUUGUCUGAUUCUAGGAGAUGUUAUUCAACUUAUGACCUAGAGUUCUACGCUUUGUCUAAUGUCGUGGUUGAUGCCUUAAGUAGGCGAUCUUUACUAUUAUCAAUUAUGAGCACUCAAGUCACAAGUUUUGAGGAACUAAAGAAUCAGUAUGGUUCUGAUCUUUAUUUCUGCAAGAUAAUAGCUUAUUUGCAACGUUCCUCUCAAGCUGAAAAAUUAUCAUAUAGAUUGCAUGAUGAUUAUUUGUUCAAAGGUAACGAAUUAUGCAUUCCAGAAGGGUCUUUAAGGGAGCAAAUUAUUAGAGAACUUCAUGGAAAUGGUUUAGGAGGACAUUUCAGUAGGGAUAAGACUUUCGUAGUGGUUGCUGACCGUUACUAUUGGCAAAAAAUGUGA